AGUAUUAGUAGUAUUGCACGUACAUCCCCCCUCUCUCUCUCUCUCUCUCUCUCUCCUCUCCAUAAUGGACUGCUUUGUGGAAGUGGACUUGCCAACAUAAGCACCCACCUGAGCAUUUAUCCAAAUCAUAGAUGAAAGUGGCAAUGAAUGACCCUGUAGUAGUGCAGGGUGCACUACAAGUCUACAAAGGUAUUGGGCGCGAUCCGAGCAGUCAAUCUCUACUGUUUCAAAUUUUAAAUGGUAUACUACAGGUAAGAUAAGUAUAUAUCGUACCUGGUCUGUGAACUAUAUUUAGUAAAUUUGAACCAUUAAAAACACUUUUGGAUGAGUCAAAUUGGGCAUUACACCCCUUUUGGUACACCCCUACACUACAAGGCCCCGAGUUCGCUAAUGGAGUGAGAGUUACAUACAAAAUGGAUGCUCUCUCGGCUUAUAUAUAUGUUAAACGGCCACCUUUCAAUAGACAUGCAUUACUCGCUCUGCUAUUACAUACAAGCCAUCACUAGCACUGCAUUCAGCAUGUAGUUUCUCUCCUAAGUAACUGCCAAACCACACAACUCCUGCUGAUCAUGAGAAACAUGGAGAAAGAGGAAGAAGCCACCAAAGCAGACUACAACUCCCUUCAGAACUGGUCUAGUACCAAUAAAAAGAAAGGUGGAUUCAAAGCAGCUUCAUUUGUUUUUGUGUUUGUGUUAUUUGAGAACAUGGCAUUCGUGGCAAACAUGGUGAGCCUGGUGCUAUACUUCUACCUGGAGAUGCACUUCGACAUCCCUGGCUCUGCAAACACUCUCACAAACCUCAUGGGUUCAACUUUCUUGCUCUCCAUUAUCGGUGCAUUCAUUUCGGACACUUUCUUGGGCAGAUACACUACGGCCCUGAUUUUUGGAGUUCUAGAAGUACUGUCUUUGGUGCUGAUGACCAUCCAAGCCCACGACCACAACUUACAACCAAGGCCCUGCAACAAAUCAAGCUGUGUAAAAGGAGGCAUAGCAGUGAUGCUAUACACAUCACUGUGUCUACUGGCGUUGGGCACCGGCGGGGUCAAGGGGGCUCUACCUGCACUGGGUGCAGACCAGUUCGACCAAAAGGUCCCUAAAGAGGCCAAGGCUCUGGCCAGUUACUUCAACUUCCUUCUGUUCAGCACCAACGUGGGCGCCGCCGUGGGAGUCACCGUUGUUGUCUGGGUCAGCGCCAACAAAGGGUGGUGGUGCGGGUUUCUCAUUUGCACUGUUGUUACUGGUAUUGGGUAUGCUGUGCUCGCCGUUGGAAGGCCUUUCUAUCGGAUCCAGGCGCCCGGGGAGAGCCCUGUCAUCAGGAUCGCACAGGUGAUUGUAGUGUCUUUCAAAAAUCGAAGGAUGAAUCUGCCAGAGAGCCUGGAUGAUAAACUCUAUGAGAUCAAGGAAAAGGAAUCAAUUUCUCAGGAGCAAAAACUUUCACACACCAAACAAUUCAGGUGCCUGGACAAAGCUGCAAUUCUUAGAGAAGAUGUCAAGCCCACUUCAUGGACUGUAUGCACGGUGACCCAAGUAGAGGAAGUCAAGGUCCUAACCAGAAUGGUGCCCAUAAUAGCCAGCACCAUCAUAUUGAACACUUGUAUGGCCCAACUCCAAACAUUUUCAGUCCAACAAGGCAACCGUAUGGACCGCUCCUUGGGCUCCUUCGAGGUCCCCGCGUCAUCAAUUCCCAUAAUACCUCUGCUCUUCAUCGCUAUUCUCCUUCCCAUCUACGAGUUCAUUUUCGUCCCUUUCGCGCGCAAAAUAACACACCACCCGUCGGGUAUAACCCAGCUCCAACGGGUAGGGGUUGGCCUAGUUCUGUCCGCGGUCUCAAUGGCGAUAGCGGCUCUUGUGGAAGUGAAGAGGAGGGAUUGGUCCAUUAAGAGCCCGUUAAAGCCUAUCAGUCUCUUCUGGCUCUCGUUCCAGUACGCCAUUUUCGGAGUCGCGGACAUGUUUACCCUCGUAGGGUUAUUGGAGUUCUUUUACAGAGAAGCCCCUGCAGGCAUGAAAUCCCUCUCCACUUCAUUCACUUAUGUUUCUAUCUCAUUGGGCUAUUUCUUGAGUGGUGUGCUUGUUGAUAUCAUCAAUUCAGUGACCCAAAGAAUAGGCCCAGGCAGAAAAGGGUGGUUAUUUGGGCAGGAUUUGGAUCUGAACCAAUUGGAUCUGUUUUAUUGGUUCAUGGCAGUUCUUAGUUGUUUGAACUUUUUGAACUAUCUUUAUUGGGCCUCGUGGUACAAGUACAAGACGGACGAGCCCAAGAUUGAGCCCAGUAAAAAUAGAGCCCUAGUUGUGGAACAACAGAAGUAAGACCACUGCAGCUGGGCCUAAUGACUAAAAUGGGCCUACUUUUGUGUGUGAAUGUUUGCAUUUGUAUUUUGUAUAUAUACUUUAGACAAGUUGUAUGAGAUUGUUUUGGGUUUUCACCAUUCUGCCUGUAGGACUUGAUAUUGUAAAAACGGUAUAUGGCGCUAGAAUAUAUCGCCGUUUUGUUUUA